UGAAGGGUGGAGAGGAGCUGGAGACAGCUGCUAGCUGGGCAGCUUUUCCUCUCCGGGCUCCAGCCAUCCCAGCUCAAGACUCCCUUCUGCCUUCUCAAUGGGUUAUGGGGCCUCACCUUGAGGUGAAUGAAAAUGUCAGGCGGAAUGCGGGAAGGAAAGAAUGCUGAGCAGCUUCCAAACCUCCUCGUGUUUGUGUUUCUCUCUAUGAGUGACAUCAGAGCCCUUGGGGUAUAAGACCCACAGGACUGGAGUGGAGCCAUCGGACGGCUGCACACACACACACACACACACACACACACACACACACACACACACACACACACACACACUGCUGCCUUCCAGCUGCGAGGGGAGUGAUAUGGUGAAGCCAGAGAGCCGGGAGCAGCAUGAGAAGUCCACGGGAGAGGCCACUUCUCGCGCUCUCUCUCCUCUGCCUCCUGUUUGAGGUGUGUGCCCAGCUCUGCCGGAUGCCAUGCACCUGUCCCUGGUUACCCCCACACUGCCCUCCUGGGGCACCCCUGGUCCCGGAUGGCUGUGGCUGCUGCAGGGUGUGUGCUCGGAGGCUGGGGGAGCCCUGUGACCAAGUCAACAUCUGUGACCAGAGCCAGGGGCUGGUAUGCAACUACAGUACUGCCCUGGGGGACUGGAGAGGCACCUGCAAUUUCCCAGAAGAUGAUGGCAGCUGUGAGGUGAAUGGGAGGACCUACCGAGAUGGAGAGACCUUUCAGCCAAGUUGCAAGUUCCAGUGCCGCUGCUCAGAUGGGGGAUUCACCUGCAUUCCCCUUUGCAGUGAGGAUGUGCGGCUGCCCAGCUGGGACUGUCCGAACCCUAAACGAGUCGAUGUCCCUGGAAAGUGCUGUCAAGAAUGGGUCUGUGACCAGGGAGUCCAACACCUCCCGGCAGCAGUGCCCUGGUUCCUGGGACCUCCAGUACCAUUGUCCCCUCGAUUUGCCUGUCAGGAAUGGAGCACUUUGUGGGGCCCCUGUUCUGCCACCUGUGGACUGGGUGUGGCCACCCGGGUGACCAAUCAGAAUCCACACUGCCGACUGGAGAUCCAGCGUCGACUGUGCCUACUCAGGGCCUGUCCACUUUGAUGAGGGCCCCACUAUACUGUUGCUGGUGCCUCUUAAGGGGAGGUGUUCCUGUCUAUGCUUGUGGGUAGAAGCUUCUGGGGCAAAAGAGACACCAACUAACUUGCCAGGCUUGGAGACUGACUGCCAGUGAGUCUCCCAUCUCAUCUCCCAGUGAGGCCUCCAUCAAGCUGCUCUGACCUACUGCUCCAGUGCUUUCCUUUGAAGGAUGCUAAUCCCCACAAAUGGAGGUUCUAAUAGUAAGGCUCAUCUCUACCUUCUGGCCUCUAGAACUCAUGAAUAGGUUUUGAGCUUUUCUAGGACACUCCAACCAGCCAAGACUCAGUGCAGAUAUGCAGACACAAGUCACCUUAGGAUCAUAGAAUUUAGGCAAGGAACCUUAGAGAUAAUCUAAUUCAGGCGUUCUUAACCUUAGAUCCCUGGGAUAGACUUCAAGGGGUCUAUGAACUUGGAUGGGGAAAAUUAUUUACUUUCACUAAUCUCUAAAAUCUAAUCUUUCCCUCUAUUAGAAAUUAAAAAAAAAUUAUUCUGAGAAAUGGUUUACAGGCUUCCUCAGACUGUCAGAGGGGUCUAUGACACAAAAAAGUUAAAAACUUCUAAUGUAGUGCAACUUUCUCAUUUUACAGGAGAGGAAACUGAGUCUUAUAGCAAAGAGCUAUUUAAUUGAACAGACUGUUCUCUUUUCUUUUAUACUUACAUAUCACUUUAUUUUUGUGUUUCUUUUUUGUUUUUUAAAUAAUAUUUUAUUUUCCCCAAUUAUACAUAAAGAAAAUUUUUAACAUUC